AUGACAGAUUUAAUACAAACUAACCAUGAUGAUGCAAAUAUUACUAUUAUAUUAGAUACAUUAUUAAAUGACGUUCGAUCAUGUAUAGAAAAAUGUCGAAACUAUAAUAAAAUACCUGGAAUUGGUAAACUUGAAAGAAAAUUUCGAGCCGAAGAUAGAUUUCUAAAACGCCUUCGUACUGACACAAGUGAUGUUAAUGUUAAUCAUUUAAAAAGUUCGAAUUUAACUCAUUUACGAGCUGUUCUUGAACAAAUUGAAGAAAUUGGCCCAGAAAAUGUUAAUGGAGUUUUAGUACCAUUUAAAGAUAGUCGUUCUCAAUUACUUAUUUGUGAAUUAGUUUAUAAUGAAGGUCGAACAUGGAUGAAAGUAAUUGCUAGAAAUGCACAAGCACUUCAUCUUAUUUGGAAAGGUAAUGGUCAUUAUGGACAACGAAGUAUUCUUAUAUCAAUGAGACAAUAUCUUGAUACAGCUCGUUGUAAUGAAAUACAUUAUCAAACACCAGAUAUUGUUUUUUAUUUUGUACAAGGUGUUACAGAACCGUUAGCUAAUUUAUUGAAAAAAAAUGGUAUCAUAGUCAAAGGUUCAAUCGUUGAAGUUAAUGAAGAUGUUGAAAAACGUUUACAAAUCGUUGAUGAUUAUAGUUCAAGUGAUAGUGAUGAAGAAAGUCAUAGUGAAACUGAUGAUGAUAAUGAUGAUGAAAUUAUUAAUAAUAAUCUAGAAUUAAUGUCAUCACAUGAACCAACUAAAAUAAAUCUUGAUGUUAGUACAUUGAUAUGUCUUGUUUCGGAAUUAACUCAUGGUGGUCAUAUUUAUCGAUAUCCAAGUAAAUGGCUUGAAGUACCAGCUGAAUUAGAACGAGCUGAACAUCUUGCACCGAAAUUAGAGAAUUAUAUGAAAGGAAAAGAAUUAUUUAUAUGUCAAACAGCGUAUGAAGAAUUUAAUUCAAUUGUUAGUACAGUUGGUGGACCUAAUGAAAAAAAACGAGCAGAAGAACUAUUUAAACGACUUACUAUUGUCCCUGAUUGUCUGUCAGAAAGAUCGGCUGUUCUACAAGAAAGUGUUAAAAUAAAACCAAGAACAAAAAUAAUAUUUGGUACCGGAGAUCAUUUACGUGCAGUAACGAUGACAGCUAAUAGAGGUUUUGUUCGAGCAGCAGCACAACAAGGAGUACCCUUUGCUGUAUAUUUACAUGAAUCGCGUGCUUUAACCGAGCAACAAAUACAAUUUAAUUCAUUACCUUUAUUUACACAAUCACAAGAAAAUGUUUGA